AUGGAUCUACUACCGCCGGCGUCAGAGGCGCCGGCCGGUGGCGGCGCAGUUGGGGGCCGAGGGCUGCGACGCGGGGUCGGGUUCCCGUCGCUCAAGCUGGUGAACGUGUCCAUGGAAGAGGCCCUCCCAGCCGAGCCCGUCGGCGUCGCCUACGGCCGCCUCACCAACGGACUCACCUACUACGUCCGCUCCAACCCCAAGCCCCGCAUGCGCGCAGCCCUCUCCCUCGCCGUCAAGGUCGGGUCGGUGGUGGAGGAGGAGGACGAGCGCGGGGUGGCGCAUAUCGUCGAGCACCUCGCCUUCAGCGCAACGUCACGCUACACCAAUCACGACAUCGUUAGGUUCCUCGAGAGCAUUGGCGCAGAGUUUGGCGCCUGCCAGAACGCUCUCACUUCCUCUGACGAAACCAUCUAUGAGCUGCUCGUGCCUGUGGACAAGCCCGGACUGCUCUCCCAGGCAAUCUCCGUCCUCGCAGAGUUCAGCUCCGAGGUUCGGGUUUCAGCGGAGGAUCUGGAGAAAGAAAGGGGUGCUGUGCUGGAGGAAUACAGGGGCGGGCGCAACGCCACUGGGCGGAUGCAGGACUCCCACUGGACAUUGUUGUUUGAGGGUUCUAAGUAUGCAGAAUGUUUGCCGAUAGGUACAGAGAAGGUGAUACGGACUGUUACACAUGAGGCAGUUAGAAAUUUUUAUCAUAAGUGGUACAAUCUAAGCAAUAUGGCUGUCUUUGCAGUGGGAGACUUCCCAGAUACACAGGCUGUUGUUGAGUUAAUAAAGGAGCAUUUUGGUCAGAAAGCCUCAAUUUCCUGCCCUCCACUGGUUAUACCGGAGUUUCCAGUUCCAUCGCAUAUUGAACCUCGAUUUUCAUGCUUUGUGGAAUCCGAAGCUGCAGGGUCAGCUGUUGUUAUUAGCUGCAAGAUGCCUGCCGGUGAAAUUAAAACAGUCAAGGAUUAUAGGGACUCAUUGGCAGAAUCAAUUUUCCAUUGUGCUCUGAACCAGAGGCUCUUCAAACUAUCUCGUAGGAGGGAUCCUCCAUACUUCUCUUGCUCUUCAGCUGCAGAUGCUCUUGUCCGUCCGGUGAAGGCAUAUAUUAUGACAUCCAGUUGUCGCGAAAAAGGCACGGUUGAGGCUCUUGAGUCUAUGCUAGUGGAGGUUGCUAGGGCACGGCUCUAUGGAUUUUCUGAACGUGAGAUAUCCAUUGUGCGUGCUUUAAUGAUGUCAGAGAUCGAGUCUGCAUAUCUGGAGCGUGAUCAAAUGCAAUCAACCAGCUUACGUGAUGAGUAUCUGCAGCAUUUUCUUCGCGAGGAGCCUGUUGUCGGGAUUGAAUAUGAAGCACGGUUGCAGAAGACUCUUCUUCCAUACAUUUCUUCUGCUGAAGUGGUGAAGUUUGCGGAAAAUUUUUCAACAACCAGUAGCUGUGUUAUCAAGAUAGUUGAGCCCCGGGCCCAUGCUUCUCUGGAGGAUCUGAAAGCUGUUGUAUUGAAAGUUAACACUCUAGAAGAAAAGAGGAGUAUUCCUCCCUGGGAGGAAGAGCAAAUCCCUGAAGAAAUUGUUAGCCAAAGUCCAGUGCCAGGAAUUAUUGUUGAUAAAGUGGAGCACCCAGGCAUAGGUGCCACUGAGAUGAUACUAUCUAAUGGGAUGCGAGUUUGCUACAAGUGUACUGACUUUCUUGAUGAUCAGGUUGUUUUUACUGGGUUUGCCUAUGGUGGCCUGUCCGAAUUAUCUGAAGAUGAAUAUACUUCAUGCACAAUGGGCUCGACAAUAGCAGGAGAAAUUGGUAUUUUUGGCUACAGACCUUCUGUCUUGAUGGACAUGCUUGCUGGCAAGAGAGCUGAAGUUGGUACAAAAGUUGGGGCGUACAUGAGAUCAUUUUCUGGCGAUUGUUCACCUUCAGAUCUUGAGAUUGGUUUACAGCUUGUCUACCAACUAUUUACAACAAAGGUGGAGCCAAGGGAGGAAGAAGUAAAAAUAGUCAUGCAAAUGGCGGAGGAAGCUAUCUAUGCUCAGGAAAGAGAUCCUUACACUGCAUUUGCAAAUCGUUCACGGGAAAUAAAUUAUGGGAACUCCUACUUCUUUAAGCCAAUUAGAAUAAGUGAUUUGAAGAAAGUGAAUCCAAUCAGAGCAUGUGAAUAUUUCAACAUGUGCUUCAAGGAUCCAUCAGCUUUUACCGUUGUAGUAGUUGGAAACAUAGACCCAGCCAUCUCAAUCCCACUGAUUUUGGAGUACCUGGGUGGGAUACCAAAGGUACAGGAUACAGUUCAGCCACUUAGUCGUGAGGAUCUAAAGGGAUUGCCCUUCAAGUUUCCGGAAACCAUAAUUAGAGAAGUUGUCCGCAGCCCUAUGGUUGAAGCUCAGUGCUUCGUCCAACUAGGGUUUCCAGUGGUUCUAAAGAGCACAAUGAUGACGGAGGAUAUUCACUAUGUCGGAUUUUUAAGUGGCAACAAACCUUCUAGAAGUGGAGAUGUUCGUGGAGACAUAAGUGUGAAUUUCUCAUGCGAUCCAGACAUGUCAUCUAGGCUUGUUGAUUUUGUUCUGGAAGAGAUAUCAUAUCUACAGACAGAAGGCCCUUCUGAAGAAGAUGUAUGGACCAUCCUAGAAAUUGAACAAAGAGCACAUGAAAACGGAUUGCAGGAAAAUUAUUACUGGUUGGAUCGAAUUCUGCGGAGCUAUCAAUCAAGGAUUUAUUCGGGAGAUGUUGGAUCCACCUUCAUGGUUCAAGAUGAGGGACGUGUAAAAGUUAGAGAAGCUUUAACACCACAGGCCAUGCAAAUGGCCUUGCGAAGGGUGAUAUCUUUCCCAUGUAAAAAACAGUACACGGUAGUAAUUCUUAUGCCUAAGUCAUCUUGUUGGAAUUCGUUGAUAUCGGUGGUUAGUUGGAGUUCUGGUGGAUUUAGCAGAGAUGCAAAGAUUUUGGCUGGCAUGGCUGGUGCACUGGUCGUAGCAGCCAGUUUGUGGAGAUACUCACGGGGUGCAUCGAGAUCGUAG